AUGGGUCACCAUGAAGCCAAAGUUUCGAAUCCUCCUAAAUGUCUAUCGAAUGUUCUACAGGAUUUACCUGGUAUCGUAAUGAAAUGUCACGUAAUUCAGCCGGUAUACAUGAUAACCUAUUUCUACACGCGAAUCGUACUUAUUCACAUACUACCAUGUGGAAUACUUAUCGUAUUGACUAUUAUUCUUGUGAUAAAAAUGCAUAGCAUCAUGAAGUUGCGAACACGUCUUGGUUUGAAUAAAAAAAGACGUAUUAGUAAGGCAGAUGAUCCUGGAUGCAUAUCCAUCUGCUGUGUUCAGAAGAAGCGUCGUCUUUCAGAAAGGUCUCGAGAUCACGUUAAAAGUAGUCUCACAGUAAACAGUAUCAACAAUAUUGAAGUUAUAGCUAAACCCAGUCAAAAAGCAUCGUUUGUCAAUCCACAAGCAAUAUCUCGUAUGCUUAUUGUAGUCCUGAUAAAGUUUAUAGCUAUGCACUUGCCGAACGCUAUUGUUUUAACUAUAUAUGUGCUGAAAAGUAUGUGGAAGGUAGAGCAUGUUGUAAAAAAUAAUACAGACACCACAAUAACAGCAGAAGUAGCAACAAUAGGAAUACUACCGGAGAUUGAUAGUGGGACAUUUUCCCCUACAUUAACAUACAAUUACACACUGAAUACUUCUAGUACAAGUGAAUAUUACAUAAAGGAUGCUUUUCAACAUGAACAGAAGUUAAAUUCCAGAGCUGAGAAUCACGAUAACUUUGAUAAUUAUCUAGGGAAAGUUGUUAUAUUAUGUAAUCUUGUUAUCCUUGUUUCAUACCAAUUAAAUUUUUUUAUUUACUACACAAUGUCAACUCAAUUUAAAGAAACGUUUAAUAGCUUAUGUUUCAGCAAACUAUUCAAAUUCCAUAAACAUUAGACUAUUUCAUGCUAAUUUUUAACACCGUAUAACAACAUAUCAGACAAGACAACAGAAUACAAUGGUCAACUCUGGAAGCCCAAGAUGAGGAUGAAAAAUUCAAGGUCUUAGAAUUAUGGAAGAGUAACCUGGAUCCAUUCAUCAAUGUUGAUUAGUGGAAAAUGUUAUAGAUUAAAAAGGGUUAAAUUUAUUUUAUGAUAAAGAUCGACUAAAUAACAAGAUUUCUAUUCCAUUAUGCUUUCAUGUAUCAUCUGUUGUUAUGGGUGUGGUAUUAUGGGUUUCGCAUUUUUGACUUCUGAGGGCUGUAGUGUUUUAUAAAUUACAUCUACCGAUCAAUGCUUCUGAAGUAAUA